AAACGUGUUGUGGCAUCUCGAAAGCAUUUCGUCUGUCAUUCAGCGGUCUGUCGUGAUAAAUUUUGACAGGUAGUUUUAUACGAUAUCGCUGAUAAACAGGAAAAAAAUAUUGAUCAACGUUUUACGGAUAUUGGAGUUGACUAAAUUGUACUUCGCACCAUGCUUCAGCAACACAAUACUAAAGGAUAGGAAUUAUUUGUCACACUGUCAGUAUAGGUAUACUUUAAUCAAAGAACUUGUUCUGGUGAAUGAGGAAGAGAUUUUUAAUCUGGGAAUGCUUACCAGUUCCCUUUUAAAUGCUACAAUUAGCAAAUAAUCUAAGGCAAUCAUAGGUUUUAAGAUGCUACAUCGAGGUAUUUUAUUUUGCAUAUUUAUUGCGACAUCAUUCCAAUUAUUUCAGUGCUUAGACGAUGGGCCCAAUGUUUGUGCUAAACAAGAAACAUAUCUAACGACUGUUCGUGUUUCAUACAACAAACCAUAUCAGAUCCGUUCAUUUACGUGGUGCUUCGCAUUCCCCCCAAGAUGUUCUAGAUAUAGAAUAGCCUACACUACAGGGUAUAAAACAGAAGCCAAAGUGAAUACACGAACCGCAAAUGCUUGCUGUAAAGGUUUCGUUUUAACAGCAGAUGAAUCAAGAUGCAUCCCAUUUUGUUCCAAUGCAUGCAUUCAUGGAAUUUGCAUCGGCCCUGAAGAAUGUGAAUGUCAGCCCGGAUUUGGUGGUCCUACUUGCAAUGUUUCUUGUCCAAAUGGAUAUUAUGGAGCUCAGUGUGAACGCGAAUGCAUUUGUGAGAACAAAGCUUUAUGUGAUCCAGUGACUGGUGCUUGCACUUGCAAACCUGGUUGGCAAGGCUCUGACUGCAGUCAGCCAUGUGAUGAAAAUUACUAUGGAUAUCAUUGUGAACAAGAAUGUCGUUGUGAAAAUGGGGCUUCUUGUGAUCCAAUCUCCGGAGCAUGUAGGUGUGCUCCUGGUUAUCGGGGACCAUUAUGUACAGAACCAUGUCCAGAGGGAACUCAUGGUGAAUCUUGUUCAAAUAGAUGUGAUUGCCAAAAUGGUGGCACUUGUGAUCAUGUCACAGGAAAGUGUUUCUGUCCUCCAGGAUGGAAGGGAGAUGUAUGUGCCAAUCCGUGUUCACCACCAUAUUAUGGAAAGGAUUGCAGUGAAAGAUGUGUCUGUUACAAUGGCGCUUCUUGCCACCACUUGACUGGCAAGUGCACUUGUGCAGCGGGAUAUCGAGGAGUACACUGUCAGGACCAAUGUCCAAUGGGAACUUGGGGCUUGAACUGUUCAAAUAUUGUUUCGAAUAAAACAUUUUUAGAAAAUUGCAGCUGUGAUAAUGAUGGUCACUGUGAUCCAGUUGAUGGCACAUGCAUAUGUGCUGCUGGCUUCUCUGGGGAACACUGUGAAAAGAGAGUGUGCCCAGAUGAAUAUUUUGGAGCCAAAUGUGAUCAAAUUUGCCAGUGCAAACAAAAUAAUACUGAGCUUUGUCAUCCUUGGACGGGACGCUGCAAGUGUGCUCCAGGGUGGACAGGAGACUAUUGCACCCGACCAUGUCUUCCACUAACAUAUGGUGAAGGUUGUGAGCAAACUUGCACAUGCUUUAAUGGUGCCCUUUGUGAUCCUGUGAAUGGGACGUGCAUUUGUGAACCCGGCUAUAUAGGAACCGAUUGUAGUGAAAAAUGUCCAGCUGGAAAGUAUGGUAGAAAUUGUGCCAAUAAUUGUACGUGCGAAAAUGAUGCCAUUUGUUCUCAUACCUCUGGAUAUUGUUCUUGUAAACCUGGCUGGACUGGCAUUAAUUGUAAUUUGCCAUGCCAUUUGGGAAUGUAUGGCCCUGCCUGUCAGAACAAAUGUCAAUGCCAAAAUGGAGCUGCCUGCCAUCCUGUGACUGGAAUGUGUACAUGUAGAGCUGGAUUCACUGGCGAUAAUUGUGGACAAAAGUGCAAGCAUAGCACUUAUGGAAUCGAUUGUUCUCAAAGAUGCGAUUGCGAUUGGGAGCAUUCAGAUGGAUGCGAUCAUGUCACUGGCAAGUGCAUCUGCCAGAAAGGCUGGAAUGGAAUCAGGUGCGACAGCCAGUGUGAUCGUGGACAGUGGGGUCCAGAGUGCAGUAAUUUUUGUGACUGCAAGAAUAACUCUUCAUGUGAUAUAAUGACUGGACUUUGUAUCUGUGAGCGAGGUUGGACUGGCCCAAACUGUGACAGAAUGUGCCCUUAUGGUUCUUACGGAUACAAUUGCUCGGAAACUUGUCCGUUCUGCACCAACAGCAAUGGAACAUGUCAUCAUAUCACUGGCCGUUGCCACUGUAAUCCUGGGUUUACUGGUCUUAGUUGUGGGGAAACUUGCCCUAAUGGACACUAUGGCCCUCUUUGUGCACAAUCUUGCAAAUGUAAAAACGAUGGUGAAUGUAAUCCUGCUAAUGGUGAGUGUCAUUGUUUGCCUGGAUGGAAAGGAGAAGAUUGCAGUAUUCCAUGCCCUAAUGGAACAUUUGGAUUGCUCUGUAAACAAAAUUGUAGUUGCUUAAAUGGAGGCACUUGUCGAGGAAGUGAUGGUAUGUGCCGUUGCCCUCCUGGUUGGAUGGGAAGCCGUUGCACUGAAGUGUGUCCUGAAGGAUAUUAUGGGGAUCAUUGCAUGGAGCAGUGCCAAUGUAAAAACGAAAAUUAUGUAUGCAACUCUCUACAUGGCUGUGUCUGCAAGUACGGAUAUGGAGGAGAAAAUUGUGAACUUCGUUUAAUGGGUCAAAGUGUCCAAAAGAUGGAAGAUGAUAAUGCUGCAUCAAGUGCCGGAGUUGUUGGUGGCGUUAUUUUAGCUAUUAUUCUAUUGAUUGUUAUCGUCUUGCUGGUUUUAUAUUACAGAAGGCGUUUGAAAAGAUUGAAAGAUGAACUUGCUUAUGUAACGUAUGCUGCUGAUCCAAAUCCUUCACCAGAUCGCAGACACUUCGAUAAUCCUGUUUAUGCAUAUCAAGGUGCCCCUCCGACCAGCUGUAGUACAUCUCUUAAUAAUACUGGUACCAAACACAUUUACAAUGAUUUGGGCAUGAAAAGUAACUUGGCUAAAGCUAAAGUAGUUGAUGAUGAUGCAGAAAGUUACACAGAAAAAGGUGCCUGUGGUGGUUGUAGUGAAGAAGUUGCUUUAAAAUCUAAAGGUGAUUUUGAAUUUAAUCCUAAUAUCUACCAUAGUAUUGAAGAUUUAAAGCCAAAUUUAUCAAAAAAAGAGCCAUUUUAUGAUGAAGUUAAGGACAGAAAUUUUGAAGGUAAAGCAUGCGCUUCUGCCGAUGUGGAUGUUUAUGAUCACCUUCAAUACAACAGGCCAACAAAUGACAUAAAGCCUCAGUAUCAUAGAAUGGAUGAUACUUUGAAAAAAGGACAAAGUGCUAAAGAUGUCUAAUUUUGACUUAAGUUCAUUACUGGCAGUGCCGAAUUUAUAUUUUGAAACUGCUUGUGAGAAUGUAACUAGAUUGAAGGAUGAGUAGGUUAUAGCAUUUAUUACUGAAAAUGAUUCACUAUUUCACCAAUUUCAUUUCAUCACCGGAGUUCACUUUUGUGGAAAAUACUGAAGAUUUCCAUGAAAAUACCUGCUCAUGCCUAUGCAUUUUAGGCUGCUUUGACAUAGUUAAUGUACAUACAGUUUGCUGCAUCUGAAUUACUGUUUUAAAAAUUUCAUUUCGAGCAUUUUAUAGGCUAGCAACUUUCUCGGACGUAGGUAGAAAAUAGCAUUUAUUACCAAUGCAACAUAUUCCACAUUUUAGAUUUUACCAUUCAUUUUUAAAAAACAAUGCAUUAUGAGUUUUAUGAUUUUACUCAUACAGGUUUCGCAAAAUGUAUUAAAGCCUUUGGAAUUGAGCUAGUAUGGCAUAAGAACAAAAUUAACGAAACUGAAAAUUAUCGAUACAAAUUGUACAAAUAUACAAAUGCAUUGUUAUUAUUUCUUUCGAAAUUUUAGUUGAUUUCAACUUUCAUGUUUAAUGUUUAAAAAAUGUUCAAAAAAUUAGCAUUUUUUUUCGAAUUCAAUUUUAUUCUUUGAAAAUGUUUUAGCUAAUUUUUGUAUUGAAAUCAAAACUGUAACACAUAAAUGAGCUUUAAAUAUAUAAGAGGAAAGUAGCAAUAAUUGCACCGUUCAUCAUGUAUUAAAUGAUGUCUCUUCCAUGAAGUAUUUCCUCAAAGCAAGUGUAUAGUCAGGCUUCAACUGUGAUUAGAACAUGUCCCCCUGUUUUGUGUGCUUAAUGUUAUUUUAAAAUAUGAAAUAAUACUCAUGACAUAUCUUGCUCACCUACAGGUGUUCCAAAAAGGACUCCCGUACCUUGAAAUGACAUAACGGCAAAACAGAGAAGUAGAAAAGUGGAACAAGUUGUAUGUUGGACCAAUAUCCCAUUAUACUAAAUACCUAUUGCUUUCUUGUAAGCAAAAGCAAAUUCAAAACUGUUUGGAGAUAACUGCUAUCUGUUGGAGACCUUAGAAAUUAACAAUUGGUUAAUUUAUAAACUAAGAAAUUAAACAAUUAAGAGUUUAAUUUGAAUUGUUUGGAUCCAUUGCCAUAGUAACGUCUUUGUUAGACGACUGCUGGAGAGCACUGUUUUCCGAAUUAUUACCAUACAUGGAUAGUUCACUUUUUGAAGCAAAUGCAAUAGGAAUUUAGUAUUAAGAGGGCCUUGGUCCAACCAAAGUGAGUGAACCAAUAAAGUGUUUGGCAUUUAGCGUUACGGGGAUGUUGGUUGGACAGACAGGUCUGUAAUUUUUUUAUGAAACGAUUUUCAAAAAUAGUUCAAAGAUUGGACAUUAAUUAGAGGACACUGUAGUCACAAUUAAAUAAUGUAUGAGAGUGUGUUCAGUGAAAAGAGGUUAAAUCUCAUUGCAAUGGGUUUGAUAUAGCCACCUUUCAUAGCAGCAACGUGAUGCAAUCGAAGGGUAAAGUUUCUAAGUUGCUAGUCCUUACUGAAACAGAUGCUUAUGCCUCAAACAUUGCAGUGAGCGAUUUCAAACGUUAACCCUUCAAUUGUAUCACGUUGCUUCUGUGAAAGGUGGCCAUAUCGAACCAAUUGCAAUGAGAUUUGACCUCUGUUCACUGAGCAGACUCUUAUACACUUUAAAAGACAUCUGCGACUAGUGCCCUCUGAUGCCAAAUCUUUGAACCAUUUUUGAAAACUGGUCUAUAAAAAAUUCCAGACCUGUUUGACCAACAUAUUACGUCUCUCUCUCUCUCUCUAUGUUUUACUUUUAUGUCAUUCCAAAGUUGGAGAAUCCUUUCUAAAGCACCCUGUAGUUCUAUUUUAUCAAAUUUUAAAUUUUGCAGUUGACUAUCAAGAUAAAAAUAUUGUUAAUCUAUAAUUGAGCUUUCAGCACAGUUGUUGUAUUUUAAAAAAUGUUGUGUUUUUUAAUCUUCAAUUAAUCUCUACUUUGUAAAUAAAUAUGUAUAUGAUUUUUAUUUUUAUAAGUAGCAUUGCAUGUGGAAUGUACCAUCAGCUUAGCUGACUUGUUUAUUGAUGUAAAUACAAAAAUCAAGUCCACUAAAAUCAAUCCGACUUUAGCAUAGAAAAGUCAAGUACUUUUAAUAUGAAACAUUAAAGUUUUUCAUAAACAUUUUAAAUUAUCUUUGUUUUUUAUCGCCAAUUAGAAUUGACAUCUUUUGUGUUUGACUUUUAAGAUUAUUUUCUUUAGAAAUGUUUGAAGUUCUCACAAAUGUUGAUUUUAAAUAGCAAUAAAACGUACAAAAAUGUAAAAUGAUUUUAAAAAUGUAAAAAACAUGCAUAGCACUCAUUUUGUAUUUCGGUAACAUUUUAAGUUGGUAUUUUUUUGUAUGUGAAAGUGUGUUAAUUAUCAGUUUAGAUAUAAUUAAAGUAUUUAAAAACUAAA